AAGUCCCAAGUACAAGUCAACUUCCAACACCACGACAACUCUCGAAAACCAUCGUUACUUCACACCCUCACUAUUACAAUGGCACCAAAACGUAACGCCCGUGAGCCUACACCAUCUGCUGCAGCCACAACUCAAUCCUCCACAGCAGCUGGCUCCGUACCUACAAUUCCUACCAAAGCAUCACUCAAAGCAAAGGACAACCAGACCCCGCAAGAAGUCGCACUGGGAAUAUGGCAGAACUACCUCGAUACCACACCGCAGAGAACAAAGCUGAUUGAUGUGUUUAUGGGCUUCUUGGUUGUGGUCGGAGUGCUCCAAUUCGUUUACUGCGUUAUUGCUGGAAACUACCCAUUCAAUGCUUUCUUGUCAGGUUUCUCGGCGACGGUGGGACAAUUCGUUUUGACUGCCUCUUUACGGAUACAGACCAACACAGAGAACAAGGCAGAAUUUGGCGAGGUGUCUCCGGAGAGGGCGUUCGCGGACUACGUAUUUGGAAGCUUGAUCUUACAUUUCUUCUGCGUCAACUUCAUCAACUAAAAUGUAUCAUACCCAUGGGAGGCAGGAAUUCUAGAGCAUGUAGGAAUAGCAAAAGUCAAGCGGAUCCUCAACACAGGCGCGAUGCAAAUCGGAGAAAAGUCAUAUGCUCUUCAUGUGCAUUCCAUAUAUCAAUUACAGACCAUAACUUAGUCUACACCACUAUCAUCGCCG